CGUGAUCGGUCAUUUUCGAUUCAUUCGUGAUCGGUCAUUUUCGAUUCAUUCGUGAUCGGUCAUUUUCGAUUCAUUUGUGAUCGGUCAUCGUUUGUAUAGUGCCGCUGGUUUUUGUGACCCAACAAGAGAGUGAUCUAGGAUAAGUGAUUGAUUGUUACGCCGAACCGAGAGGAACAAGAAUUGCAUCACUACAGUGUUUCCUCAUCACCCAACGAAUUCAACUCAAGUAUGGUCGGAAAUACCUCAACCAAUGGAACCGAACCUGAAAAUGAGUUUAAAUUUCUGACUUCACCGCUGAUUGUUCUGAUGUCUUUCAUGUGCCUGUUAAUUGUUUUCGAAAAUGGUCUUAUAAUCUUUUUAAUGUGCAGAAAGAGGAUAUUGAGAACACUCACCAACAUGUUUCUUACUUCACUAGCACUUUCAGAUCUUACAUCGGGUCUAGUGAGAAUGCCUCUGUUCUUCAUUUGCUCUUUGGACACCCAUUCGCUCCAUGUCUGUGUGGCCUCCACCGUAUUUACUCGAUUGACAGCCAUCUCCUCAGUUUGUCAUGUCCUGCUCAUCGCUGCAGACCGCUAUGUCUUUAUUGUUCAUGAUAUGAAGUACCGUGUUUUUGUAACAAAGAGACGAGCAAUGGCUGCCACCCUUGCCGUGUGGCUGAUUUCAAUUCUAGCGUCUGUCGUUCAGUUGUCUUGGUAUAUUUUUCACGGAAUCGAGUUCAGCGAUCGACCCGCCUUUAUUUAUGAUCUAAACAAACAGUACGCCCUUGCGUGCAUCGUGCUGUUCUUUGCUGGUCCUUUUUUGUUAAUAUUUUACAUAUAUGGACGCAUUUUUUAUAUUUCCUAUGAACUCAACAAAAAUGACCGCAAGAGGAUCAAAACUUAUAAUUAUAAGCUGCCCACUGGAUCUUUGCGUCAUGAGUGGCGGGGUCGUAGCAUACUGUUGAUCACGAUGAUAAUUUUUGGCGGCUGUUGGCUGCCUUAUUUCUUCACGGUGUUACAUGAUCAUUCUAGUUCGUCAGAUGAUUCUACCAUACCAUUAUGGUCUCAGCGUCUGCAAACUUGCCUUGGUUUUUUACCAAUGAUGUUAAACCCGAUUUUGUGUACUUUGGCAAAGAAGGAUUUUCGUCACGCAUUCAAGGAGAUUGUAAUAGGUCGAAGAUCUUCGCGUCAUUUUAAUCAAGAUAUUUCUCUACAGACAACCCGCGAGAGAUUCAGAACUAUAGAUAGUGAAUCUGAACGAACCUGAAAGAAAUAAGAUCUGUGGGUUUUGCUCUCGGAGAAGUUUACUUAACUUUGACAGUUUUGAUCAGAAAACACUUACGAAAAUGACACUUGCAUCGUACGUUGAAAGGAAAGUGGCGCACAAAUAUCAAUUUACUUAUUUACACUACAAUAAUCAAGGGGCAAAAAAGCAUUUGCAAAUCCUUUUAAGUAUAUAUCACCAUCCUGUUGUGGAUCUCUGUCUUUGGAAUGUGAAUUUUUAGGCUGCCGAUUCUAACGAAACGAAGCAAAUUUAAACGAAAAUAUAUUUCAAUCGUCGGAAACAACGAAUUUCCAUUGUCAGCUAAAUACCAGACGUUUGGUAUUUCGUUCGAGGGAGUGACUGAUGCUUCCUGUUCAGAAUUUGGAGCUCCUCUUUGGAAAAGAUCAGAAACGAAUGAAUAAAAGACAAAUGAAUAAAGGGGGUAAGUUUCAAAGAAACUGUUGUGCUGCGCAACAAGGUGUUACGGUGUUACUGGUGCUGGGGGUAACAAGGUGAUUUGGUAACAUCAACUAAGUUGACAUUGUAAAUUGGCCACCGUAA